AUGCACGGGAGGGAACAGUUAACUAGCCGUUGCCGCUACAAUUCAAACUCUCAAGUCUCUACCCCAGCCUUAACUGAGAGCAGAAUCUACCCACUUUCCUUCCUCCUUGGGUGCUUGGAAUCCUGCGGAGAAAUGGACCAACCCGAUGAGACUGUCAUGGAUGAGCCAUCUUUGUACCCUUCCUCUCCUCGGCCAACGCCGGCUGGUGGCCGGAGACGGAAAGUGGUGGCAAAAAGCUUGCAAAAGACACUCUCAAAGACCUCCAUGCUCGUUAACUUCCUCCCAACCGGCACCCUCCUCACCUUCGAGAUGCUCCUCCCAUCUAUCUCCGGUGAUGGGUCAUGCUCCCCGGUGAGCACAACAAUGAUCCACGUCCUCCUCGGCCUCUGCACACUCUCUUGCUUCUUCUUUCACUUCACUGAUAGCUUCCAUGGCCCUGAUGGCAAGGUCUGCUAUGGAAUUGUGACUCCAAGGGGCCUUGCAGUCUUCAAGUCAGGCCUCGGAGUUGAGGUACCAAAGGAUGACCGGUAUCGAAUGGGCUUCGUCGAUCUAGUGCAUGCAGUCAUGGCGGUGAUGGUUUUCUCGGCGAUCGCACUGUCCGACCACCGGGUCACCAACUGCCUCUUCCCAGGGAGAGCAAAAGAGAUGGAUGAGGUGAUGCAGAGCUUCCCGUUAAUGGUGGGUGUGGUGUGCAGUGGUCUGUUUCUUGUGUUCCCCACCACUCGAUAUGGAAUAGGGUGCACACCAUCAUGAUUCAUGAGAUUAUUGAUGCCGAGGAGAUUGGUG